AUGCACGUCAUAUCUAUCCUCAUCCCCACUCUCCUCUCCGUCUCCGCGCAAGCAGCCGCCCUCCCAUCUACCCAACAAACCCUCAUCGCCCCAAUCACCCUCUCCCUCACCUCCCCACCCCUCGACCUCCGCCCCCUCCCCGACGACCCUCUCGCAGCCCUCGCAACAGACUACCUCCCCAUCAUCAACAAAUGGCGCAACAGACUCGGCAAAAGCAGUCUCACCCUAAGCACCCAGCUGCAAUCCAACGCGCAGAAAACAGUCAACGACGGCAACGGGCAAAUGAUACACCAACUUAAUCCCGGGACGCGGGCGCAGGUCCUUGCUCAGAGCUCCCCAGAGCAAUUCGAGAAUGCGUUUGUUGGGGGCUGGCUCUGCGAGGUGCCGAAUGUUCCUGGGUUGGGGUCCGAGGUGUGUAGUGUUUGGGGGAAAGGGUGGAAUUAUGCUGGCCAGACGGGACAUGCGGAGAUUUGCUCUAGCGAGAAGUACUCGCAUGUUGGGUGUGCUGUUUAUAUGAAUAUUUGGGCGUGCGAUUUCGGGGUUGCGUGA